AUGUCACGACCGGAGCUUCAAACAGGCCCCAAUGGCUCAAAUCGUGAAACUAAUGAUAUGAUCGCAGCUCCACCUGGUCCUACGCCUUUGGCUCCGAUUAACCUGGGCCCACCUGAAGAAAGCCACACGAUUUUGUCACCACCGCCAGCUGCUUCUCUGACACUUCCAACCAUCCCACAGACAUCUAAAGAAAGCUCUCCCACUAUGUCUCCGUCGGUUGCUCCUCUGUUGGUCACCCCGACGUCACCGGCCGUAUCUGUACCACCUCAUCUUAUCACACCUACUCCGGUCAUUCAGAUGGCGAGUGCAUCCCAAGCCACGACCUCAGCCGCUGUUUCAAAACCUAGCCCUCCUCCACCUUCAUGUUCCACUGGAACAUCAUGCUCAGUUACUGCAGCAAAAUCCGUAGGCUCAAUGACGCCUGUGCCUCGGCAGACUCAAGGCCCGCAUCAAUUACCCGCAAGGCUUGGCUCCAGCCCAGGCGUGAUAUUCUUUUCCUGUGUGGUUGGGUUCGCCAUUUUCAGCGUCCUGUGUGCUAUUCUAAGCUGCGCUUUGAGACGAUGGCGCAAUAAAAGGCAACAAAGGAGCGAUGAUCGGGAUGCUUGGCAGUUCCUGGAGAACGCCAAAGGCUUUUCGGAUCGCGCGGAUGAAACUGCAGACGAGAUUGAUGUAAAAAGCUCUCACUUUGGAAAUGACUUUCACGAGUCCAACUUGUCAAGUUUGCAACCCAUGCUUGGAUUCGCAUCACACCAACAACGAAACCUAGCUCGAUGUCACUUUGCCGACUUCCAGACACAGCCCCCUCAGCACAUCAGCAGUUUCAUCGACGAGCAAGGCAUGCCGAUUUUUAUUGAUGAGCAAGGUGUCGGCUGGGUGGUCCCUGCGGUUGGCGUCUCAGCCCAAUAUAACAGUCUUAUGCUGACACCGCAUGGGCCUAAUCCUGAGGCAAACGAAACUUAUUCGGGGGGAUGUGCCAUGCCUGAACCGGUAUUCCGAAAAACCACAAUCACAGGAAAUCGUUGUAAUCGAUCAACAUUAAUGCACACUCCGUCCCAAACGACAUUCGCACGCCCAGCCUCGGUUGCCCCUCCACUCAGCAAGUCGGCCUCGAAGCAUCAAACCAAAUCAGAGUCAUUGACACCCGGCACAAGUCCUGAACAGCCCACGGCUGUGGAAAGGGCCAGCCAGGGAAUCGCGGGCCAACCAGCUGAUCUACGCGCCACACUAAGAGGUGCAAUCCAGCGGAAGAACGAUUCGGAUGAAGAAUUAUUGGAGUCGUUAAUGAUCUUGUGGCACGACAAAAGCUCUGCGGCUCCCACGGACACCAUCAAUCUUCCAACCUCAGGCGACCUUCCCGUCCAAGACCAAUUAGAAACAACUGGUGAUUAUUCAAUAUGA